AUGGAUGAGGGUAAAGUCACCACCAGCUCGCACCGCAAGCAGUACAUGGUCCUCCAGCGUGUUGCAAAUGGUCCUCGCGCCGCUGACUUCCCAGAGUUGGUGAAGAUGUUUCGCGGGACCAAGACUGAGAAGCUUUCAGCCUUGAGGGCAUUUGUGUCUUCAGGGGAGAACCUGGAAGCUGUGGAGAGCACGUUUGCAUCUCGCCGAUUGCAAUCGGAAACUUUGUCUAAGCUGCGCAGAUGCCUGACCAUCAGAGAAAUGCAACAGCUUGGAUGCAGCACGCGCAAGAUUGAGGCCGUGGUUGCGAAAGGUGGUGUGCCAGAUGCAGACGCACCAAACGAUCCCGAUAGCAUGAGAUAUUGGGUGACCCUUGGCAUGGAAGAGACCAAUGUGGAAUCCACGGAGACUUCUGUGUCGAUUUCAGGGCAGGUGCGCAACCAGCAGGCCAUGGAGGCAUUGAGUUCCAAGAGUGUAGCAGCUCCUUUGGUAACCGUGCCUGACCCCAAUGAGAUGGUGCGAAACCAGCUGGCAGCGGCUGCAGCCUCCACAGCUCCGUCAGUUGGGGACGUUCGCAUGCAUGUGGCUCAGCUCCAAGCUGUGGUGAAAGAGCUGAAGAAGUCAGCUUGGCAAGUCUUUGGAUUUCUGAGUUCUGGGAACAUGUCUGAACACGUUUGCUGCCAGGGGCUACGUCCUGCCUUGAGCCCUGUACAGGUUGUCAAGCUCUUCGUCGUGCCCUUGAUGAAAGGCUUGCAGCUGUUUGGCGAUGAGGCGCAGAUCCAAGGUACUUCGUACAUGGCCCUGCACUGGUCUAGUGAACAGAGCCCUUAUUGGAGCAAAGCAAAACGCUCCAAGUUCCUGAUCGCCUUGGUGAAAGAAAGAUUACGAGCAGCCAGCAGGCAAAUCGUGCAGUGGUCCAGGCAUGGGUUGAAGAAGUUGCCCAAGCAUUGGGUACUGAACCGCUUCAGGUUAUCAUUGACAUCACAAAAGUUUUGCCACCUGACAGGGAAAGGUUGGCAUACAGACGUUGUCCUGAGGUUUCUUGAAACUUUCCUGCAGCGACCUGAUGUGAUUUGCGAUGAUGUGGUGAAGACCACAGUGUGGAGUGCUGUCAAUGUGAUUGAUGUGCUGUUUGCAUCUCGCCGGGACCAUGGCCUCUUUAUGGAGGAGCAGGACAUUCAACAAGUCCGAGCUGUUGGCUCCAUAUUUUGCAGUAGCUACCUCCAGUGCCAUCAAUCCUAUAUUGGGUUUUGUCCUUACUACAUGUUCAACAUUCGGCCUAAGUUUCACCUAUAUGUGCACCUUCUUGAUUCCACGUUGCGGCGCAAAAAUCCUUUGGUUGGUGCCACAUGGCUUGAUGAAUCUUGGAUCAGUGACAUCAUGACCAUCGCCUCCAAAACUCACAAGAAGAAAACUUUCUCCUCGACGCUACAGAGGUACCUGGCAGGACGGGCGCAGGCUACGCUGUUUUUCUUUUCCGUUUUCCUUUUGUCUUCCUUGCAGGACUCAAAACUGAGUUGGAGCAGUUGCUGCGUGGGGGCCUCAGUUGGAUAA